GGUGCAGUGUUGAAAAAAUUUAGUCUCUUUCUAGGAAAGCAUCCUUCUAUGCGACCAUUUCAACACAAAUCUCUCUCAUUAUUAAAUAGAUACAUUAACAUAGAUAUAUGAAUUUGCAUUUCAAACUACUUUAAAUAAAUCACCUAAGUUGUCGAGAAAUUUGGCAUAACUUUCCACCAUGGAGUCCAAGAUUUCAUGGAACUCAGCUACUAUAACAUUUCUCCUUUUUGCGUUAUGUUCUGGUGCAGCUGCCUAUGAUGCAUUGGAUCCAAAGGGAAACAUAACAAUCAAAUGGGAUGUGGUUUCUUGGACUCCUGAUGGUUAUGUGGCAGUGGUGACAAUGAACAAUUUCCAAAUGUAUCGUCCUAUAACGAACCCUGGAUGGACUUUAGGUUGGACAUGGGCAAAGAAUGAGGUAAUUUGGUCCAUGUUGGGAGCACAAGCUACUGAUCAAGGGGAUUGUUCAAAGUUUAGAUCCAAUAUGCCUCACAGCUGUGAGAAAAGUCCUGAAAUUGUUGACUUGCUUCCAAAUACCCCUUAUAACCAGCAAGUUGCUAAUUGCUGCACGGGUGGCGUUUUAGCAUCCAGGGGACAAGACCCUUCUGCUUCUGUCUCAGCAUUUCAGAUAGCUGUUGGCUCUGCUGGGACUACAAACAGAACUGUCAAACUUCCCAAAAAUUUCACUUUGGAUGCACCAGGUGAUGGCUAUAUCUGUGGUCCUGCUAAAGUUGUCAGUCCCUCUAUUUUCAUCACGCCUGAUCAACGACGAAUAACAAGGGCUAUGAUGACAUGGAGAGUGAUCUGCACUUACUCUCAGUUCUUAGCCUCUCCGAAACCAACAUGUUGUGUCUCCUUGUCUUCUUUCAACUCUUCUAAUUCUCAGGACAGAAGUUAUACACCUUGCCCUUUGUGUUCUUGUGGCUGCGAAAACAUUAGCAACUGUGUCAUGAAGACACCAAGUGAACAGGUAGUAAAUAAGGGGGCGUUGAAAUGCACAAAGUACAUGUGCCCUAUCAAUGUGCAUUGGCAUGUGAAUUCAAACUUCAAAAGGUGGUGGGGAGUGAAGAUCACCAUCACAAACUUGAACUAUGUAUUCAAUUAUAGACAAUGGACGCUCAUCGUUCAACAUCCGUACCUCAACAAUGCUACUCAAGUUCCUGCCUUUUCAUACAAACCGCAUAUGCCCAACCUAUCAAACAAUGAUACUGCCUUGUUUUAUGGGAGAAAACCAUACACUGAUGUCCUGAUGCAAGCUGGACCAAAUGGAAAUGUCCACUCAGAUUUAACACCUAACAAGGAUGGAAAAAAACUUGAUCAAAAGAAAGGUUGGGCUUUCCCUCAGAGGGUCUACUUCAAUGGCAAUCCAUGUGUGAUGCCAUCUCCUGAAUCUUACCCAUUUGUUCCGGACCCGGUUCAUGGUAGAGAUCGGUAGGGAUGCGGAACCAAUGUCACCAACUAAACUAGCAGUAUCGGAUCUUUGAAUAGACAGAGAGAGAUGCUCUUCCUGUGGCCACUUUACAAUUUCCAGAACUUGUGAAAACUUAUAAUGUAAAAUAAUGAGUAUUACAAUGCACUUCAUAAUUUCCAGAACUUGUUAAUGAAGAAUAAAGUGCUUAAUCAGAGCACACUCGUAUCAUCCAAUUUUCUUAUAGAUAUUGAAUGAGUGCUAUAAAAUGUCGAUGAUUCAUACAGUAGGUUUGAAGGAUA